UUCGUUGGUUGCCGCCCUCCUCACUCUUUCCUUUCCUUUCCUUUCUCUCCUGUUCUCGAACUUCGAUGUCGAACCCAAAAACAGAGCAAAAACCCUAGCUUCAUUGAAGCAAAUCGAAUAUUAAUACAUCAUUUUGUUCGUUUUUGGGUUUCAUGCAUUAAUAUCACCCUGAAAGUUCAUCGGUGUACAUUUCUGAGAAACCGGAGGGGCGAACGGAGAACAAAGGGGAUAGAGAGAUCAUAGAGCUCGGAGUCUCCUGAUCCUCCAACAUCAGGUGACUCCGCCAGCUAUACAUCAUCACUGCGACCUUCGUUGAAUACAUAGUUGAUCCCGAGGAAUUUGGUAAGCCUUGAGAAACAUGGCUACUGUGCAAGAUAUCGGCCUUUCAGCUGCAAUUAACAUCCUCUCUGCAAUUGCAUUCCUUGUGGCUUUUGCUGUAUUACGACUUCAACCUAUUAAUGAUAGAGUUUACUUUCCAAAAUGGUACCUUAAGGGUAUAAGAGGCAGUCCGGCACACAACAGAGCUUUUAUGUCCAAAUUCAUUAAUGUAGACUUGAAUACUUACUUAAGGUUUUUGAAUUGGAUGCCUGCUGCAUUAAGGAUGCCUGAACCGGAGCUUAUAGAGCAUGCAGGUUUAGAUUCAGCCAUGUUUGUUCGGAUUUACCUUCUCGGGUUGAAAAUAUUCUUUCCUAUAACUGUCCUUUCCUUCAUGGUCUUGGCUCCUGUAAAUUGGACUGCGGAAACAGUGCCACGUAUUGGGGCAUUGAGAUUGAGUAGUAUUGACAAACUCUCAAUAUCAAAUGUACCUCAUGGAUCUAAGAGAUUUUGGGCCCAUGUCAUUAUGGCUUAUGUUUUCACAUUUUGGACAUUUCGAGUGUUAUACAAUGAAUACAAGAGUGUGGCCAGUAAGAGACUACAGUUUCUUGCUUCAGAGAGUCGCCGUCCUGAUCAAUUCACGGUUCUUGUGAGAAAUAUUCCUCCAGAUCCUGAUGAGUCAGUCAAUGAACAUGUUGAACAUUUCUUUUGCGUAAACCAUCCUGAUCAUUAUCUUACACAUCAGGUUGUACGCAAUGCAAACCAACUUGCUAAAUUGGUAGAGAACAAGAAGAGUUUGCAAAAUUGGCUGAUCUAUUAUCAAAACAAGUAUGAGAAAUAUCCUUCUAAAAGGCCAACUACAAAGACAGGUUUCUGUAGCCUUUGGGGAAAAACUGUGGACGCAAUCAAUUAUUAUGCUGCUGAAAUUGAUAGAUUAAGUGAAGAAGAAAGGGUAGAAAGAGAAAGGAUUCUAAGUGAUUCUACAGCCGUGGUCCCUGCUGCUUUUGUUUCAUUUAGAUCCCGAUGGGGAGCAGCUGUGUGUGCUCAAACUCAACAAUCAAGCAAUUCUACCAUUUGGUUGACAGAAUGGGCUCCAGAGCCACGUGACGUGUAUUGGAAUAACCUUGCAAUACCAUACAUCUCAUUGUCUAUCAGGAGACUGCUCAUGGCUGUUGCUUUAUUUUUCCUGACUUUCUUUUUCAUGAUCCCUAUCACUUUUGUUCAGUCUCUAGCCAACAUGGAUAGCAUUGUGAAGGUCCUUCCAUUUAUGAAGCCACUUGUUAAAAAGAAACUUAUUGCCUCGUUCAUUCAAGGUGUUCUACCAGGCCUUGCAUUAAAGAUAUUCCUCAUUUUACUUCCGACAAUUUUGAUGAUUAUGUCCAAAAUAGAAGGAUUCACAUCACAUUCAUUCUUGGAGAGAAGAUCAGCAGGAAAAUAUCAUUUGUUCAUGCUCAUUAAUGUUUUUCUAGUAAGCGUAAUUGCGGGAACAGCACUUGACCAGCUGCAUUCGUUUUUGAAUCAACCUCCAUCUGAGAUCCCAAAAAUAAUUGGAAUAGCAGUUCCAAGGAGUGCCACAUUCUUUAUCACUUAUAUAAUGGUUGAUGGUUGGGCUGGAGUAGCUGCGGAGAUUGUCAGAUUAGUUCCUUUGGUUAUCUUCCACUUAAAGAAUACAUUUUUGGUUAAAACAGAAAAAGACAGGGAGCAAGCAAUGGAUCCGGGUUGCCUGCAAUUUGCUAUAUCUGAACCUCGAAUGCAACUCUAUUUCUUGCUGGGACUCGUGUACUCUGCUGUCACACCUGUACUUCUUCCGUUCAUAAUUGUAUUCUUUGCAUUUUCCUAUAUGGUUUAUCGUCAUCAGAUUAUCAAUGUAUAUGACCAAAAGUAUGAAAGUGGAGCAAGGUUUUGGCCGGAUGUGCAUCGACGCAUUAUUAUUGGUCUAGGAAUAUCACAGAUUCUACUAAUGGGCUUGUUGAGCACCAAAGAAGCAUCACAGUCAACACCAGCCCUUAUUGCACUUCCGGUUUUAACCAUUUGGUUCCAUUUUUUCUGCAAGGGCCGGUUUGAGUCUGUAUUCACAAAAUUCCCGUUACAGGAUGCAAUGAUAAAGGAUACAUUAGAGAAAGCAACAGACCCGAAUUUUGAUUUGAAAUCGUAUCUCCGUGGUGCAUAUAUACAUCCUGAUUUCAAGGUGACUGAGUUGGAGCAGUCGCCGGAAUGGAUAGAGGAGGAAGAUGACCAUUCGCUCGUUCCCACCAAGAGGUCUCAAAAGGGAAGUAAACGUGAAUCGGCUGAGAGCAGUAUUGGGAGCUCCUAUUGUUGAAAAUUUCCCACCAAAAAGAAAGAACAAAUCAUAGAAAAUGUCAUUUGGUUAACAUUGAUUAUAUAUAUACAAUAUCAAUUGUUCCAUUUUUAUAUAUGGAUAAGAAUGGUAUUCCUUUUCCACAUACCUAUAGAGCCAAAUUGGUACUAUAAAACUAU